AUGGCGUACAGUUAUGAGCUAUGUUUUUGGGACCCCAAUGAUGAUGGGGUUAAUGUGCUUCUUGAACAUAUAUCUGCUGGAAUCAAGUCGUGUGGGACAAUGGUAACUUUUUUCAAGCACCGGAGUGAAUUAGAGAAAGAUUAUGCUAGACGUUUAGGUGCUAUGAGUAAUAAGAUGGCCGUUGAUAUGGAAAAUAGUCCAGAAUAUGGGCGUUUGAACGAUUGCUUUGGGUUAAUGGUAAAAAAUGAGAAGAGUAGGGCCCAGGCUCAUUCAAAACAAAGUGAGUUAUUAUACAGGCAGGUAUUCACCGAGAUUAAGAUGUUUGCUAGUAAAUUGCAAGCUCGCUACACUACGCUGAGCGGAAAGACCGAGAAACUGAGAGUUGACAAAUAUAAUAAACGCAAAGGAUGUGAAGAUUUGGCCAAGAGGCUCGAAGAAGCACAACUUCGUGCAAGAGAGCUUCAAUUGAACCAAAACAAUGUGAUUGGCAGUAAGAGGACUGAGCAUAAUCGUAGAGAGCUGGCUAAGUGGGAAAGUAAUAGUCGAGAGAUCAGCAUACAACUAGAUGUGUUAAGACAAGAAUACAAGGCUUCACAGAAACAUUGGUUUAGGGAAUGGGCUGAUAUAAGUGCUCAAUUGCAAGAGAUGGAAACGGCAAGAAUCUCGUAUUUGCAAGCGAAGAUGCAACAAUAUUCGCAGGCGGCUAUGGAGACGUAUUUGCUUGAGCAGGCCAAGAUGGAUUCCCUGAUUAAUCGAUUGGCAACAUUCACUCCAGCUGACGAUAUCUCAGAGUUUUCUAGUGCCUAUGGUACGGGAAGGUUGAAGGAGAAGCGAAAAGGGACAGAUGAUAUGAGCUUGCAUCAAAGUCACAGGAGCAAGAGAGACACAUACACUGAGAGUAUCCACAAGUUGUCAUCUCAGUUGCAAAGACAAAGUUUGGCAGAUUCGAGAGUUGACAAGAUACUGCCAUCGCCUCACGUUUCGGCGGCUAAAGAAAUACAGCCUGCUAGGCAUGCUGAACAGCUAUCAGCUUAUUCACCACACAGGUCAUAUGUCCAAGACUCUCAUAGACCCACAUCAUCAUCUUCAUCAGCUUCAUCUUCCAAUCCGACGGAUUUCACAACUCACGUCAAGAAUCGGCAUAGUAUGGAUUCAAUGACCACAUCCGUAAGUUCUAUGGCAAGUAGCAUCGAUGACUCGCAGAGGUUUGCUAAAUCAUGGAAUUCGUCAAACAGGAAAAGAAAAUCUAUGAGCCAUCUACAGGAGGAAAGGCGUGUAGAUGAACCCACUUCUCCGGCAGAAAGUGAUCGCAGCGAUAGAAAUGUCCAAGACGGUAUUGUUCAAAUGAGGAAUUCUAGUACAAACACUACAAUUGUAAACACGAAUGCUUUGCCUCGAGAAGAUGUUCGUCGUAAAUCAAUGGUCUUACAGGAAUCUGCUAACCCAAUCGAGGACGCGUUAUAUGAAAUGGAAAGAAUCAAGAGUAUAGGCAGCAAUGUAUUUGCCUCGUCAGAUGCUCGAGUGGGCCGCGUUAGGGACAAUGGGAUCACAGUCACUUUACCAAUAAUGACCAGCGAAGGUGAGCCCGUAAUCAGAUAUGCCAAAGCAGUAUAUCCUUUAUUAGAUAACGAUGCUGCUGAGUUGGCGCAUUUCCAGAAAGGCGAUUAUUUGCUAAUCACUUUAAUGGUAAACGAAGAAUGGUUCAGAGGUGAAGUUUACGGUAAUGAUAUGAUUGAAAGCACACACAGAAACGGACUAAUACCAUAUAAUUUUAUUCAACUUUUGAGUUGA